CAGGAUGAAACAUAUCGGCGUGAUUAUUGGCAGUACUCGGCCCAACCGAGUGGGACCCACCAUCACAAAAUGGUUACUUCAAUCAAUUACACCCAGACACAACAUUUCGUUCGAAGUUAUUGAUUUACAAGCAUGGAACUUGUCUUUACUAGAUGAACCCGAGAUGCCUGCCAAAGGAAUUUACGCCAAUGAAAAGACUAAGCAAUGGAGCGAAGAAAUCAAAUCAAAAGAUGGCUUUAUCUUUGUCACACCUCAAUAUAACUUGGGCUACCCUGCCUCUUUGAAAAACGCGGUGGAUUAUUUGUUUAAAGAAUGGAACGGGAAACCUGCCAUCAUUGCUAGUUAUGCUUACAGAGGUGGCGGAAAAGCCGCUGACCAGUUCAGACAAGUCACCUCCGGUCUUAAAUUGAAGACUGUGGAAACCAUGCCUGCCAUCAACCUUUCCGUGGAAAUGUUUAACGAAGAAGGUCGAAUUAAGGAUGAAGUGGAUGGAUUUGAUCAGUAUUCUGAAGUCAUUAAUAAGGCAGUGACGGAAAUGGAAGAAGAGUUUAAUAAAUUAGAAGAAAAACCUGUGAAUCCUUUAUGAUUAUAAUAAAUAUAGAUUAUUUUAAACAACA